UCACUUUGUUACGCUUGAAUAUGAAAAACUUGAAUUAUCACUUUCAAAUGCUGCUCGUGACCAUCCAAUGUUUCUAAAUAUCUUUUAGCCAAAACAAAAAAGUUUGAAGUUGGUAAAAAUUUCCUGAAUUUUGAAUUAUAGUCAUGCCUCGUCGUGUGUAUAAAGUUGCCAUUGUCGGGGGAUCAAUGUGCGCGUUGGCAGAUGUGUUUGCCGUCGUAUCUUUGUUGACGCCGUCCUGGGUUGUCAAUGAUUUUCUGGGUCAUGCAACAUUUGGUCUUACAAAGUUAUGUCAAAAACCAAUGCAUGGUGACAAGAUAUGUGUAACUCCCAAACUUUCUGAUUCUUGGAAAGCAACUCUUGUGUUUCUCAUACUUGGUAUUUUAUCCCUGACCAUCACGUGUGUGCUCAUUUUCAUAUCACUAUGGAAACCAAGGAUUUUCAAUUAUGGAAAGUGGGUCUCUGUUGUUGCAGCGAUGCAGUUAUUACUCGCAUCAAUAAUAUUUCCAAUUGGAUUUGGCAGUCCCGAGGUGGGAGGUACACCUUUUAAAUUACCGCCGAACAAUUCUCUUGGCUCAUCUUACGUAUUUUUUAUCGUCGCCAUUUCUUUACUUUGGGCGGUUAUGUGUGCCUGAGGAAAGGACACAGAUUUGGCGUCUUCCACAGAUGAAGCAUUGCACAAAAAGUUUAAUAGAUUGUAUAGAAAUAAAGAGAAUUAUCACAUAUCGUACAGCAUUACGUCAUAAUUCGUAAGUUAAAGAGCAUGCGUGGUGCGUGAAAGCUAUGCAUGACUUUGCAGGUAACCCCAGUCAUGGAAAUAGCAAAGGAAACAAAGACAUAAAAUAUUUUCAGUUUUUGAUAUCUUUUUAUCGUAUAUUAUGUGUAUAAAGUUACCGCUUCAGUUGAUUUUACAGUUGAUGGCACGAUGUACUGAAGAGGCUGUUUAUCCACAGAACUGGGAAAACAUUAGGGCCACUUUGCUGUACACCACUGCGCUGCUUAUUUAAUUACAUCAAAGGAUGCAGUUAGCCAUUUCAGUUUUGUCAUUUGUCAGAAAUGAAAUCUACUGGCUGCCACUAUGAUAAUCACAUGCUUAACAAGAUGUGCGGGACACAAAAAUAUCAAUGAAGUGAUCUCGGUUCAUGUACUGUGGUGGACAAAUGAAUAAAGCUAGUUCAGUUUAACAUGAUUUCAUUAUUAUAGUUAAUUUUAUUUUGCUCUGUGAAUAUUGACAUACAGUCUUUUAUAAUUUGGUUUUUUUUCACAAACAAAGUCUUUUCCUGUAUAAUUUUUACUUAAAAAUCGCAAUGUUUUUCUUACUUGCAACCUGAAAUACACAUCUAUUAUUCAUUUACUUUAUAUUCAUACUAAGCUUAUUUACUAUUUUCUCUAUAGAAUCAUUUAAAAAUACAAAAUAUACUAUAAAAAUGUUAA